UCACUGCGCUCCUAUCACCACGCCAGUAAAAUAGCUACAAGGAGCGCGGAGAUCACCUGGCAGACCACAAUCCUUGGGAGCACCACUACUCCAACCAGCUUUCCGAUACUAAAACAGUGACUGCAGGUAUUAUAGUGCAGGAAUAGAGUAGAGAAAACGAUGAUCUAACCCUAUUUCCCUCAUUUUAAAGAUAGUACUCUAGAAUAGGGCAACGCGUUUAACGUGCACCUCCCGAGAACCUGAUUGGACAGCCACUUCCAUUCCUCCCCCUCGAAAACGACGCCCACACGAUAAUCUUGUCAUUCAGCUUGACAUAAAUACUAUGUAACACCGCCGCAUGCCAUCCUGCUCCAUUUGAUUCCCAAACCUUCGCACACACCCAACAUCACGCCAAAAUAUCUUCACCAUGGCUCAACGUCCAACCCCAAUCGGGAAGCCCUUCCAAAUGUCAUCUACAACAGCCACCGCCAUCGUUGACAUCCCAAACCCGCAACCAUACUACAGCUACAACGAAACCACCCAGACAUGGAGCCCGGUGCAAACAGAUACCACUCAAGAAGCGACUAGUACUAGCACGGUUCCCCUCAAAGCCUUCACCCUAACAACCUGGAACAUCGACUUUCAAGAGCCCUGCAAAGCAGAGCGGACUCAAGCUGGCCUAAACUAUCUGGCAAAGAUCUUACUCAAACCCAGUGAUGACAACAAUGAAGAAGCCACACCAAUAAACAUCAUCUUCCUCCAAGAAAUGGUUCUCAAAGACCUAGCCGUCAUCCAACAGACCAAAUGGGUCCAGGACCACUUCUUCAUUACCGAUCUGAGCGACACACACUGGAUACACGGCUACGGAACGACGACCCUGAUCGACAAGCGGUGUCAUGUGCAGCGGGUGUUUAGGGUCCCAUUUCCAACGUCCAGAAUGGGGAGAGAUGGGCUUUUCGUGGACUUAGAUUGUGUUCAGGGCCAAGAAGGUGGUCAUGGUGAUGAGAUUGGAACCCUCCGUCUCUGCAACACCCAUCUUGAAAGUCUCCUCUCCAUCCCCCCAAUCAGACCUAGACAAAUCCAUCUCGCUUCGCAGUUCAUGCAUAGCUCUGGCCCAGGAGAGAUAGACGUACCCACUCCGCACGCGGCUAUAUUAGCUGGUGACCUCAACGCCUUUGCGCCUGAAGAUCUCACCGCACCGAAUGACAGCAAGCUCCGUGAUGCGUUUCUGGUUCUUGGUGGGAAGCAUGGCACGGAGGAAAGCUUCACGUGGGGCCAGCAGGUUCCCGAUUUGAUGAGGGAUAAGUAUGGAUGUUCUCGUAUGGACAAAGUUUUGUUUUGUGGUGGGUUGGAGGUGGAGAGCUUGCAGAGGAUUGGAGCUGGGCAGACGGUUUGGAUCGAGUAUCCGCAAGUGAGUGAUGGGGAGAGUGACGAUGGGAAAGGGGAGGAAAUGUGGAUUACGGAUCAUUUGGGAUUAUCUGCUGAGUUUAGGAUUACAGGCUAA